UCCAGAGAAUUUGGAGGAAGAUGAUUCAAGCUGCUUGUGUCACAGAGACUCUCAUUUAAAGUGAGACAAAAACGUUGCUCUUUAUUUGUCUUUCGUUUCUGAUUUUGUUCCUUAUGAUGAGUAAAGUGUGAGAGAGAGAUGUUUCGUGUUGCUUGGACGUUGUUUUUGUACACUAAGACGAGUUUUCUUCACGUUAAACCCUGCAGCUUUUCUGAUGAGGCGCCGGAUUCAAUCGUUUGUGAUUCGCGAAUCGAUUCCCAAAGAGUCGAUCCAAAAGAACCGGUUCACUCCCAUAUCCCCAUAUCUCGCGUUUGGCAUUGAUGUGACGCCUGAGUUGCGAAAUCUGGGAAAUCUGCAGUUCAGAGAAGCUCAGAGGUUGAGGAAGAACAAUGUUUCAUCUUUCUCUUUAUCUCCUGCUCACCAUCACUCCCUUGGUUCCAUUUUCAUUUGCAGUAAAUAAGGACCUCCACAGCUGGAGUGGCAAUAACGUUCCUCUGCUUGUGGACAGGAACACGGUGCAACUCCCGAGCCCCACAUUCAGUGAUGGAGAAUCUGGAGAAUUGGAUGCAGUAUGUGGGAUCGAGUGCCAGAGGAACCUACCAGAACCUGGAACCACGGAACUGGAGCGUCUCCUCGCCUACGAGACGUUUUACGAGAACGGAACUCGGACUCUGACGGAGGUGGAGUUGCAGGAUGUGAGGAACACCUCGUCCUCCUCUCUCGCCGUUCUCUCACGCAGGAAACGGGAGGUGUAUGGCACAGACGGGCGCUUUGUCAUGGCAGACAAGCGCUUCGUCACCAACUUCCCAUUCUCGGCGUCAGUGAAGCUUUCGAUGGGGUGCUCUGGGAUUUUAGUGUCACCCAAACACGUGCUGACAGCGGCACACUGCGUCCAUGACGGUCGUGGAUACCGUAGGAGAUUAAAGAGGUUGCGUGUGGGUGCGAUGAAGCUACGGAGAAACACUGGGAGGAGGAGGAGAAACAAAAUGGAGGGAGAAAGUAAGAGGAAACAGAAGAAGAGAAAAGGAAAGAAGAGGAAGAAUCGGAGCAAGCAGAAAUCCUUUGAAAAUUCCAAGCAGGAAUUUCCACGGCUCCGUUGGACACGUGUCAAGCAAACGUACGUACCACGAGGCUGGAUAAGUGACGUGGGAAAGGAGGUGACGCUCGAUUACGACUAUGCCCUCCUGGAGCUGAAGCGCAGCCUCCUGAUGAAGCACAUGGAUUUGGGUGUGGUCCCACAUGUCACACGGAUCCACUUCUCCGGUUUCGAUGAUGACCACGCGGGGAAGAUGGUGUACAGGUUCUGCUCGGUGAUGCAGGAGUCGGGCGAUCUGAUGUACCAGCACUGUGACGCACAGAGAGGCUCAAAUGGUGCAGGAGUGUACGUGAGACUCCGUAAGACACCUACGAAAGCUGAGGGGAAAUGGAGGAGGAAAGUGAUCGGCGUGUUUUCGGGACACAGGAGCGUGAAGGAAGGGAACGGCACACAGGUGGACUACAACAUAGCAGUGAGAAUCACGCCGGCAAAGCUCGCCCAGAUUUGCCUUUGGAUCCAUGGAAAGGCCAAGCAGUGCACUUCAAACUGAGACAACACCGUCAAUGUCGAGUGCUAAAAUUUCUUCCAGGUGAAAAGCAGAAUUUAUGCAGUAUUCCACUUUAUCACAAAUGCAGUCCAUCAGCCACAUAUGUAUUCUGUUCUUUAGUUAGUGCACAUUUAUACAUUUAAACCUGAAAGUAGAAUUACAUCAACAUCUUUAUUACUUCCAGCUUUCUGGUACAAUUCCGCGUUUACCCUGAGCUCACACUCGCAAGUGACCAGCUAUCAUUCAUUCUCUAUAUGUUGCUAACCAGAGACAUUUAAGAUUCUCUCAAUUUCAUGCAAAUCAGGUAUGACUCACUAACCAAAAAUCAGCUCAAAUGAUUUCCUCAGACCAACCCUACAGCACACGCGAUCUGACCUAUCUUCAGUUCCUCUCUCACAACUUUAGUUCCUACCUGUUAUUGGUUCCUGUUUGACACAAAUGCAAGAAAAACCUAUCAUCAUCUUGGUUUAAUAUUAUCCUGUCACACAGAACCUUUCAUUAGAGACCUUACGAAGAAAUAAAUCUUUUAAGGAAGUAUCAGAGAUCGUUGGUGACUGGCGAAUGUGUAUGCUGCCAGUACAUUUCGCUUGAUUUCCUAAUCUGCCAAUGCAACUUGUCGCUCGCUAGCGUGUAUGUAGGGGUAGGGACUUACAAAAUGCAGAACACAAAGGUGCGUGUUUUUAAAACGUCAUUUCUGAAUUCAAACAUUCCACCUCAGGUUAUCUUGUGUGAAAUACCAACAUGCCAUCUUCAGCUACACUGCGUAGUUUAGCUCAUGUUUAUAAAGGACAGGAAGUACCACUGUGUAGUAUAUCACAUAAGCUCAUCACACAGUCAAAGAUUUCAGAAUCAGUGGGCUUCAAUUUGAUUUGGGACACGGUCACACUACAGUAGACACUUCAGUGUAGGGCGUGUCAUUUUGAACACUGUAUGCAUCAAAAAAGAUCUCAAGAUUAUUAUUUGAAUGCAUUUAGGAACAAAAUAUUUAACAAACAAAACUAAACAAAAAACCUUUAAGUGAUCGUUAACAUUGUGUUCACAAUAUUGAUACCAAGUUGUACAGAAGUGACAGUUCGGUCCUUCCUCCCCCUCCCCUUUUUAACUUCAUAAAACACAAUGAAAAGAAUUAUGGGAAUCCCUUCUCUGAAGACACACCUUAGGACACCAUCUUUCAAAGUGAACACUUUCUUUUGUUCCUAGAUCAGAAAUGGUGCCUACAUAGGGGGUCUCCUCUCAAACGGAGCACAGGUGCUGAUAUUUUGUUUACAUUAACCAUAUUAUCUUAAACAUAUCAUGAACCGGUGCUAAAAAAAAACCCCAAAUGUUAAUUCCAGAACAUGGCAAAAAGGGUGCUUUUGUUACCUAAUAUAAUUAUGCACAACUAUUACAUUUUAAGUCUGGUUAGUAUAUAGCUUGUGUUUAUUUAGACAAAUGAAUUGCAUGAAUAGGUGAAUCAGUCGUACACAACCACUUCCUGUUUAUUUCCUUAAUACAGAUCAGAGAAAGGGGAAUACAGGUCAUUAUAGGUGAUUUAUCAGCAAGCUAUGUUGCUGCAGUAGCAAAAACAAAUACAAGCUAAGUGCAUGGGCUAAGCUACAACCGCUAUAACAUGGGAUGUUAAUAAAUACGGAGUGGGCGGGG